UACAUGAGGUGAAAGUCGACAUGUGCCGCUUCAACCUACGACAUCCGAGAUAUGGAGGUAAGGUCCGCAAGUCGACCAAGCUUCUGGUAUCCAACGAGUCGUGCGUCAGGAAGCUGGGCAAGAUAUGCGACGGAAAACAUCGUCAUGACCACUUGGAGGGAGCUCACUAUACACGGUUGGCUGGCAGAUACACCAAGGAGUUCGCGAAAGCAGUGCUAGUGGCCUAUCAGUGCAGCAACUCUACCUAUAUGAUGGAGUACGGAAUAUACGCGACCGGAGACCUGAUGGACCUCAUGGGCGGAGAGUCCGACGAGUGGUUCUACUGCGAGACCAUAGGCGACUACAGGGAGCUGCCAACCAAGCUUCCAGACGGCCCCGACUGGACACGAGUGGGACGUCGCCGCAUUGCGGACCUGGACGCCGACGUGGUGCUACAGGACUUCGAGAAAGCAGACAUUCCCCUGGAUCACAUACGAGCCAAGCUGGAUCGCACAGCCAAGUUGAAGGUGCAAAUGUGGUGCAAGCCAGAGCCGGUGUCCAGCGACCUGGGCGCCAAGGCUAUUCAGUUCGGUCCUGGAAGCUCGGAGUGCUCGAGUAAGGACUUGUCGGCUAAGAAGAAGAUAGUGCGCCCAGCUAGACUAUUUCACGCGGCAGAUUUCAACGAGCAGAUCGGCGUGGACUGUUUCACGAUCAAGGGCGCGAGCGGCCAGUCGUGGGAUUUUCUCUCAGUGGUGGAUUUGGGUACUACAUUUCACGUGGUUGGAAUGAUAGAGAGCCAUCAUUCGGAGACGCUCGUGCGGGCGUUUACUCAGAUUUGGACCAGCUGGGCAGGACCUCCGACAAGCGUCGCGGUGGACCUCGAGAGAGGCUUUGGCUCAGUAUUCCAGGAGAUGCUCGACAGAUUUCACUGCGCCGUGGUGCCAGUGGCAGGGCAGGCCGCGUGGCAACAUGGGCGGACUGAAAGGCAAGGAGGCUGGUGGAAGGAGCUAGCCGAGAGGACGAUUGCGCAUGCUCAAGCAGCUGGAGAGUCAUAUAUGCGUGUACUCGCGUCCGUGGCUACUGGAGCGAAGAACGCUUUGCGCCGACAGUGUGGCCUCAGUCCGGAGCAGUGGGUAUUUGGAAAGAGCGCGCGCUUACCUGCCGACCUUGUUGACGGAGCUCAUCGCGAUGCGGCUCGCGAGGGCGCGGAGCUACAGCCGAUGGGGCGACAACUCAAGAUGGGGGCAGCAGCGCGCAAGGCUUUCAUGGAGAUGCAGAACGACAGUACCUUGCGCAAGGCUCUACUUGGACGUGCCCGAGUUACUCCUCAUCCCUUGGAGCAGGGAGAUUUGUGUUUCUAUUAUCGGCAGCUCAAGAAGGGCUCCAUCAAGAAAGGGGCCUGGCUUGGUCCGGCAGUGGUGGCAGGCAAGCAAGGCCAGAACUACUGGAUAUCGCAUGGUGGUUUCACGAAGCUCAUCGCUCCAGAACAUGCUCGACCGAUUUCAUCCGAGGAGAUCUGGUGGCCUGGCAUUGACGAUCAACACGUGGAGGCUAUUGAGCAGCUGCAGCGCGCCAUCAGGGGCGCCGACGUGGCCGCUGACAUGGAGUGCGAAGACCUUCGAGCUGAACCGCCACCGCCGCCAGAGGAAGAGGACGCCGCGGACGUAGAGAUUGGGCCUCCCGAGGCAGAUCCCUCCGCAGAAGUGGCGCAGCCUCAAGAUGAAGCCGACGUCGAGCUUCCAUCCGUGGAGGACGAGACCUCAGUUGGGCAACCUGCGCCAGCACCUUCCUCAUCAGCAGCACCUGGGCCAGCCCAGCAGCAAGCAGGGCCAGACUACGGAGACUGGAGUCGCGAAGAGUUUCAGAGACGACGAGCGGCAUGCAGCCCCCUCGAUGACGUGCCAUUGCGCAUCAAGACGGCGCGCGCCAAGGCGGAAGCAGCACGGCAAGCAGCCCAGCCGUAUUAUACGAUGGCGGGUGACGACUUGGACGAAGGAAGCUCUACCAACGCCGCCUUCGCCACGAUGCUGCGAGGAGCUCGAGCCCAGAGCGAGAGGCCCCGGAAGAAGCUGCAAGACAAGGAGAUCGCUUGGAAGGUCAUUCCCGACGAACAGAAGGGCCUCUACAUCAAGGCGAUCGCGGAGCACUCGGAAGAGUGGAAGAAGUUCGGGUCGGUGGAGGUGAUGUCGCCCGAGGCUUCAGCCAAGGCGAGGGGGCAGAACGACAAGAGUCGGUUCCUACCGUCGAGGUUUGUGUUUCGUGACAAGAACGCUACCAUACUCACGGAGGCUAAUCCAGUACCAGUUAAGGCCAAGGCUCGGUUGUGCGCUGGAGGUCACCGCGAUCUAGAUCUACAAAGUGGAGCCUUGAGAACCGACGCUCCGACUGUGACGAGUACGAGUUCGCUGAUGUUUUUCAUUAUGACGUUCAUGCAGGGCGAGGAGCAACCUCGCGAGAAGGAGCUUUUCAUGGAACAACCGCCGCAAGGAUUGCCCGGACUGAUGCCUGGACAAGUGCUACGAGUUGUCAAAGGGGUAUUUGGUCUUGCGACGGCUCCAAGGCAAUGGUGGGCUACGCUGAAGAGAACCCUACUCAAGGUGGAGCUGAUCGGCGAGAACGGCCGCAAGUCCAACCUGGCACAGAGCUUGGUGGACCCAGCCUUGUUCGUGGGACACGGAUCAGAUGGAUCUCUGCAGGCCAUCGUGUGUGUUCAUGUCGACGACCUACUGAUAGCCGCUAGCACAAAGUCCAGCUACCAGACCAUCAAGGAGCUAUUUCCAUUCGGAGGUUGGCAAGGUUUACCUUUCACGUUCUGCGCUACGGAUGCGACUACUCGUGCCGACGGUUCAGUUAUCCUAUGUCAAGAAGUGUUCGCCGACAAGCUGGAGCCACUCGAUCUCACCAAGGAGCGCAAGCGAGACUUGGGAUGUCCAGCCACAGAGUUGGAGAUCGCGGAGAACAGGAGCUUGGUGGGGAGUUUAGGCUGGCUUGGGACUCAGACGCGACCCGACUUAUCAGCAGGAGUUUCGAUGUCUCAGAGAGUUCAGAAUUCACCUGUGGUGGCCGACCUCAUCGAAACUAACCGUAUCGUGUCAGAGGCUCGACGUUUCAAGGAGACCGGUGUCACUACUCCGAAGAUGGAGGGAGAUUUGUGUAAACUUGUGUUUCACGACGCCGCAUGGGCUAACGUUGACGAGCCAGAUGACAAGCGCCUCAAGGUCAAGAGUCAAGCGGGAUUUCGGAUUUUCGUGGCCGAGAGGAAGAUCCUCAAUGAUGGUGAAGGCAAGGCUGCUUUAGUGGACUGGCGAUCCGCUACCAUCAGACGAGUAUGCAGAAGUAGGUUUGCAGCGGAGACCAUGAGCGCAGUUGAUGCAUUGGGAGCAGCUAUUGUGAUGCGAGCUUCGGUGCUGGAUAUAAUAUACCCUAACAUGACGAUCGACGAUAUAGACCCGAGUUUAUGCCCCAUACAGUGCGUGACCGACUGUGCAUCUUUGUACGACACCCUUCACCGAGAAGGAGCUGUCAAAUUACCAGCAGAGCGCCGUUUGGUUUUAGAUUUGAUUGGUUUGAGGGAGCUAUUCGAAGAUGAGCUAUGCGAAGAAGUUGCUGCAGCUACCAAGUCCAAGCUGCCUCUUUCAUGGUGUCCUACGAA